AUGAAACUAGAUGAUCUCAUGCACAGGCUCACCAAAGAAAAUGUGUUAGGUGUCGUAAAAGCCGCGAUCUACACGAUUGAGUUUCAAAAACGGGGGCUACCUCAUGCACACAUCGUUCUUUUUUUAGAAGCUGGUCACAAGCUACCAACUGGUGAUGACAUUGAUAAGAUAAUAUGUGCUGAGAUUCCUGACAAGGAUAUUGAUCCAGCGCUGUAUGAGAUAGUAGGAGAUGUUAUGAUGCAUGGUCCAUGUGGUGCUUUGAAUAAGGAUAGUGUUUGCAUGGCUGAAGGAAAAUGUACAAAGUAUUUUCCAAAACCUUACAGUCCGAUCACUAAAAUAGAUGAUGUUGGAUAUCCUAUAUACAUGCGACGUAAUGACAAGAAAGUUAUCGUUAAAAAAGGUAUUGAAUGUGAUAAUGGAUUUUUGGUUCCUUAUAAUAGGAGUCUCACAUUGCUUUAUAGGGCUCAUAUCAACGUCGAAUGGUGUGUACAAUCUCGAUCAGUAAAGUAUCUAUUCAAAUAUAUUCAUAAAUGUGCUGACUACAUUCGUGCAACUGUCAAGAAUGAUGAUAAAGAAAACGAGAUUAAGAAACACUUCAAUUGUAGGUAUGUAGCACCUUCGGAGUCUACGUGGAGAAUUUUCCGUAAUCCUACUCACCAUCGCACGGUUUCUGUAAUUAAACUACCCUUUCAUUUACCGAAUCAGCAAAUGGUCAUAUACAACGAGGAUGAUCCAGGUGACGAGGUUAUUAAUCGUGUCUCAGUUGGUACGUCAAAAUUCAUUGCUUGGAUGGAGUGCAACGAUAUGUAUGAAUUGGCGAGGACGUUAACUUAUGCGCAAUUCCCUACGAGAUUUGUGUGGAAUAACACAAAGAGAAUAUGGACGCCACGAUCAAGGAGAGUUGCUCUUGGUAGAAUCACGUACGUACCCAUUGGGGCAGGUGAAGCGUAUUAUUUAAGGCUUCUGCUUAAUUUGGUCAAAGGACCACGUAGUUUUGAUGAUAUAAAAACGGUCAACAAAGUUCUACAUUCUUCGUUCAAAGACGCUUGCUAUGCGUAUGGAUUAUUGAAUGAUGACAAAGAAUAUAUUGAGGCCAUCAAUGAGGGCGGCUUGUGGCUUUAUGCCAAUUAUCUCCGUCGUCUUUUUGUGAUUCUGCUCACUACUCAAAGUAUAUCCAUUCCUUCUAGAGUUUGGGAUGCUACGUGGCAGGUAUUAUCAGAUGACAUCAUAUAUAAUUACAGAAAAGCUGCCAGGGAUCAAACUGUUAGUCUAUCUCAGGAGCAAGUUAAAGACUUUACUCUGGUCAAAAUAGAACUUCUUUUACGUGUAAGUGGGAGAUCCUUAAAAGAAUUCACACCUAUGCCGUUUUCUGAAGAUAUUACUCUGGAGUCACGUGAUAAUCCUCUUAUUCGGGAUGAGAGGAAUUACAAUCGUGAAACUCUUAGAGUAAGAAACGAGCAGAUAUUAGCCACUGUAACAAGUGAACAGAGAAGUGUUUAUGAUGAGAUACUAGAAGCAGUAAAUAAGAACAAAGGAGGAUCUGCUCUACGUUCCCAAGGUGAUGUUGUUCUCAAGGUUGCAUCGAGCGGGAUUGCUGCGUUGUUAUUAGAAGGAGGCCGAACUGCGCAUUCAAGAUUUGCAAUCCCUAUUGUGGUUAAUAAGUUUACCUUCUGUUCAAUCAAGAAGGAGUCGAAUCUUGCCGACCUGAUAAGGAUUGCUAAACUCAUUAUAUGGGACGAGGCGUUGAUGAUGAGUAAAGACUGUUUCGAGACUCUAGAUAGAACGAUGCGUGAUAUAUUAGAAGUUGAUAAGCCCUUUGGUGAUAAGGUCAUUGUUUUAGGAGGGGAUUUUAGGCAAAUAUUGCCAGUGAUUCCAAAUGCCGGGAAGACAGAGAUACUUAUGGCCACUUUGAAUUCGUCACCUCUGUGGCACAAAUGUAGAGUGUUGAGACUUACACAGAACAUGCGACUUAUAUCUGGAGAUAAUAGCCGUGCGAUGCUUGAACGAGCUGCCUUUACAAAGUGGAUCUUAGACAUUGGUGAUGGUACGAUAAAUGACGAUGGUAGUGGUGAAGCCGUGAUUGAAAUUCCUGAUGAUCUGUUGAUUAAAGACUGUAAAGAUCCUAUGAAAACGAUCGUCAAAGAAGUUUAUGGGAGUUCGUUUUCGAAAAAGACUGAUCCUAAAUUUUUCCAAGACCGUGCCAUAACGAUGAUGUAG